GCUGCAGCUGAGCGUCUGUUUAUCUGUCACUUCAACUUUUUCACUGGCUCAAGUGAUCACAAGGCCACUUAUCAUGGAUAUAAUCAUCACUAUGCUGGAUGGGACUUCCCUGAACCUGCGUGUGCGUCCAACGGACACGGUGGGCUAUCUGAAAACACUCAUCCAGAAGAAUACGGGAUUUGCACCGGAGAUCCAGAAGCUGACCUUUGUUAACGGCCAGACGGUAAUUCUCAAUGACAACAACAGGUCUAUCAGCUCCUACGGCUUGCACUCUGGCUGCCAGGUGUCUCUGCUGUUGACCCAGCCACCCCAGCCCCCCCAGCCCGCUACCAUCCAGGUGUUCCUGAGGAACGAAAAGGGGAAAGUGAGCACCUACGAUAUCAGACCCGACGUGACUGUGAGCGACUUCAAGCUCAAAGUCGAGGCCAGAGAGGGGGUUCCUGUGAGCCAGCAGAGGCUCAAUCACCAGGGCAGAGAGAUGUCGCAGGGGAAACUGGCGGACUACAACGUCGAAGCAUUGAGCACUAUCGAUAUGACUCUGCGUCUGAGAGGAGGCUGAGGACACUAGACUCUGCUGGUAUCAGAUGAUUAAAGACUCUUAUUUUUAAUAUAAAUGACGCGCGAAUAACUUCGAAUAGCCUAUUUUUGUAUUUAUUGUUAUUGUUAUUUUAAAAAUUCAGUACAUUCCUUAAUGUGUAAUUAAAACUGUCUUCUGUUUUGGCUUCAUGUCAUAUUCAGUAUUAAUCAUGUCACUGCUUAAAUAAAUUCACUGCUUAA